AUGGCAGAACAUUCAAGAAAAAGCGAAGAAAAGCGCGUGAAACCAAAGAUAGUUGUGCCUGAACUAUGCCUAGAUGUUGUGAAAAAUGAAGUGUACUCAUCACCAUCUUCACCAGUUACCCUGAGGAAGACAUCAAGUGUGAGGUAUAAUUGCUUGUGCUCCCCAACGACACAUGCCGGCUCGUUCCGGUGCCGGUACCACCGGAACCUCAGCCUUACUCGCAAUAGCAUGUCUGUUGGUUCUAAGCUUUCAGAGUUUGCUGGUAAAUCAACUCAAAUCUGUGAUGGAUUUGACAAUCAUCUCAUUUCUGGUCAAAAACAAGGCUCAUGA